AUGAUGAUUACACACCUGCACACCUGUUAUUACCUGAGUCACACACACACACACACACAAACACACACACACAGGAUAUUGGGUGUUUACAGAGUCUGCUGACAUUACAAAUAACUGUACGUGUGCAUGUGCAUGUGCGUGUGUGUGUGUGUGUGUGUGUCCUCUCAUUAUCGUCCCAGCAGGUGACUGACAGGUGCACCACGGCAACGCUGCCAGCAUGCACGCACACACAGUAGGACACGCCUCCUGCAGUCCGUCCUCUCCUUCACAGCUGAUCACACUCUGAUGCUCUCACAUCAGAUCUAAAGUGUCGAGAUCAAUCUGAUCACUGAUAUUGAUCAGUGACUGGCCCUCGUCUGGUUGACCUUCGACCUUACACAGACAGAAGACAGAACUGCUAAUUACCAGAUAAAUCCAGGAGGAGCACAGGACCUGAGAGUGGACUUGAGUUCAAGUUUCCACCUGAUGAAGAUGAAGAAUUUGGACUCUGGUGGUUCCUGGGUCACUCUGGAGUUUUGAGGUGCAGAACAGAGGAACUGUUCGAGGUCCAGGAGCUGAUCACGACGCUGGUUCCUCUGGUGGAAACAAGCUGAAGGAUAUCUUAACAUCACGCUCUCGUUGUGUUCAGGUGCAGUCAGGUGACCGCAGUGACUCAUCAGACUUAAACUGCGCUGUCUGUGUGGUGACAGAGCCAACAGGCUGUUUAUAUCAGGGAUGACUGAACAACACCGAGGACGUUUCAUCCAAAACUCAACGUGGAGGUGAAUCUGAGGUCGACGCUCGAGAGAAGUGAGCAGCAGUGACGGUGAGAGGAAAACAGCUGCUGUGAUUUAUGACAAACUGAGUGUUCCUGUGUGUGUUCAGUCAGCUGUGACUCAAACAUCAGUGAAUCUGUGGCUGAGGUCCGACCUGCUCCUCCUCACACAGGAGCGUCCUGUCCUCGGUCUGUUCAGGGUCUGAGCUCACGCAUCUCUUUUCUCAGGACGAUUCAUCUGUUUCUUCUUGUUGAGAAAAACAAUCUGGAGACUUUAACUCUGACGACGGUGGAUGAAGUUGCUCUGUUGUCAUGGAGACAGUAGAGUCUGUCAUGUGAUCACACGUCCUGACUUUCCUCUUCACUUCAAUACAGUUAGAGGUUGUUGUGCACCGUCUAGUGGAGGCUGGAGGAACAGCAGCUGGUCUGACCUGUGAUGUAACUGCUGAUGUCCUCUGAAGAUGGCGGACGCUCUGAGAACGCUGUACGGCGCUCUGAUGAUCCUGUUGGGUGUGGCCUCCAUCUUUGGGAACCUCCUCCUGCUGCUGGUGCUCCUCCUGAACAAGGAGCUCCGGUCGGACACGCUGGGCCUCACCCUGAGCUCCGCCUUUAGCGACCUAGCCCUAGGCCUCUCCACCAUCCCCUCCAGCGCCUACAACAGCCUGUCAUGGCCGCCUUGUUGUCCCAGUGAGGGCGCUUUCUGUCAGGGCAGCGGCUUCAUCUUCCUGCUCCUGCAGACCUCUUCCAUCCACUCGCUCACAUGGACCACCGUCAACAAGUUCACCGAGCUCUGCUUUGCCCUCAGCUACAGCAGCAUCUGGACGGUUGGGCGGAGGCGAGCGGUGCUGGUCCUGGUCUGGUUCUUCUGCCUGGUCACUGCCUCCCUGCCCCUGCUGGGGUUUGGCAGCUACGUCUACAGCGAGUCGCGGUUCCUGUGCUGCCCGAGCUUCACCCCUGAUAACAGGUACUUUGUGUUGCUGUGGAUGUCAGCGGGCAUCGUGGCACCGAUUGUCACCAUGUGCUCUCUGUACGGAUACAUCGUCUAUGUGGCCCGCAAACAGGCCAGGAGGGGGACGUUCAUGUGCAACGAGCUGCACUGCUACUAUGUCCCUGCAAACAACUACCUGAGGAGCUCCAUCGUCAUGGUCACCACCUCAGCAUGUCUGCUGGUGUGCUGGCUGCCCUUCGUCUCAGUGUGUCUGUACGAGACGUUCAGCGGUCAUCAGAGUCCAGCGGUGACCUCUGCCCUCUCUGCCUGGCUCGUUUUGAGCAGCACUGCUCUAAACCCUUGGAUCACCUGCAUGACACAGACCAGGUACAGGGCGGCGGUGUGUCAGAGCCUCACCAGGUUAAUGCUGAUGUGUUCAAGGACGCCUGAGGAGUCCCGCCCUCAGAGCUCCAACCUCCAUCUGGAUACAGCCAAUCACAUCAGCACAACUUCAAUGACUACAGCAGCAACACACCCACCAUCUUCACCAGAAUCACCAACAGCACCGUGACGAACACAGCUGACACGCAACCGCUGCUAGACCAUCAGUCCAGAGAAAGCAACACCUGCUGACCACCAGCCACAAUGCAUUGUGGGUAAUAACAGCCCUCAUCUCAGUUAAUACGACUGAAGACACAAUCAGAGCUGAUCCAACACUCAAACAUUGGAAGAUGACUCCCUCCUGGUUUGUCUGAGGAUGGCUCAGACUGAUCCUGUGACCUGCAGCGCCACCAUCAGGUCAAAGAUUCGCUUCAUGACAGACAGAAGUGUCGAGCUCUGCUCGUUGAUUAUCACCAACAUCAAAACAAUAAUAAAGUAUAUUAACAGACAUGAUUCUGUGAUUGUUUCUGUUACUGUGUGGAAGAAAAACGUUUCAGGAAACCUUCAAGAACCUCAUAACAACGAUAGAGUCACAUACUUUUAUUUUGUUGACCUGAGCUGGUGCUUUUAUUUUGCUGACUUUGAUUCUACUUCCUUGUGUGCUCUCUGCCUCCACCUGCUGGUUCAUAGCGUGUGUGCAGCCUGAAGCUGUUCACCUCCUCCUGGACUGUUAUCAGUAAAAAGUAUUGAAAGUAUUUCAACAUUAAGUGAAUAUUUCUGUUCUUUAUAAUCUCUCCUGACAUCACCUGAGCGUCUCUCUCUCUCUCUCUCUCUCUCUUUCUCAGGUGAGUCCUCACUUCAUUAUAUGACAUCAGAAUCACUUCUUCUUCUUUGGUUAAAUUACUGCGUCGUGUCCUACUUUAACCUCUGUUCCUAUGACAUCAUCACUGUGAGGUCAUAAACAUCUAACUUCCUGUUUACAGUCAUUAGUUCAGAGCUGUAAUCAAUGAACUGAUCAGGAGCUUGAGGCUUAUCUCAGACCUUCUGAAGGUCAGAGGUCAGG